AUGAGCGGAAACGAUGCUUUCCCGUUUCCUGGCUCAAAGUCGCCAGGAAUCAACACGACCUUGAGGCACGGCUGGUUGUCUCCAGAUCCGCCGGCGUCCGAACACUCGCGGGCCGGGGCGAGCAGCAAUCGGGAGUCGACCCUGUCGUAUGGUGCGUUGACAUCCCGAGAGCAGGAACCGUAUCCGCCGCCGCAGGAUGACCAUGGAGGCGACUUUGUGACGGCAGUAGAGAACCAGCAGCUGCAGCGUGGUUUGGCCCAGCGCCAUCUUUCCAUGCUGGGUAUCGCCGGCGCCAUCGGGACUGGUCUUUUCCUGGGACUCGGAUCGGCGAUUCAGAAUGGAGGUCCGGCUGGCGCGUUGCUCGGCUACGCGACGGUUGGCCUCAUUGUCUGUGCCGUACAAUUCGCUUUGGGAGAAGUCACGGCGCUGCUGCCCGUCACGGGAUCCUUCGUCCGUCACGCCGAGCUCUUUGUGGACCCGGCCCUGGGGUUCGCCAUCGGCUGGAACAUUGUCUACGGCAACGUGCUCUCCAUCCCCAGCGAGAUCACUGCCAUCUGCGUGCUCUUCCAGUUCUGGACCGACCUGAGCCCUGCCGUGUUUAUCGUUGUCUUCAUCGUCCUCACAUUCCUCGUAGGCAUUGCCUUUGUGCGUGUCUUUGGCGAGGUCGAGUUCGUCUUUGCGCUGCUCAAAAUCAUGCUCGUCGUCUUCUUGGUCAUUCUGGGCCUGGUAAUCGACCUUGGCGGCAUCCCCGGCACGCCGCGCAUCGGCUUCGCGCACUGGCAGGAUCCUGGUCCAUUCGUCGAGUACAUAGCUUCGGGCGACUGGGGCAAGUUCCUGGGCUAUUGGUCCGUCAUGACGGGUGCCGUCUUCUCGUUCGCGGGAGUCGAGUCCCUGGCCAUGGCCGCUGCCGAGACGCGCAACCCGCGCCACGCCAUCCCACGCGCCUGCAAGCGCGUCUUUGCCCGCGUCGUUCUUUUCUACCUCGUCGCAGUUCUGAUUGUCGGCAUGUUGGUGCGAAGCGACGACCCUCGGCUGAACGAAGGGUCGGGAACGGCAGCUCAAUCGCCCUUUGUCAUCGCUGCGCAGGCCGCCGGCAUUCCGGCAAUCCCAAGCGUGGUCAACGCCAUCGUCAUCACCUCGGCCUGGUCAGCGUCCAACCAGGCACUGCUGUCAGGGACGCGUGUGCUUUUCGGUCUGGCGCUCAAGGGUCAGGCCCCCAAAGUGUUUCUGCGCACCACCUCGUGGGGAGUGCCGUACGUUUGCGUGCUGUUCUUCACUGCCUUUAUGUUCCUGAGCUUCAUGGCACUAUCAAACGGGGCUCUGACCGUCUUCUUUUGGUUCGUUGCACUGACGAGCGCCGGCGUGCUGAUCUCCUGGGCGGCGAUUCUGUUGAACCACAUCCGCAUGAUGAAAGCGUUGAAGGUCCAGGGGUUGGAUCCAAACAGGCUGCCGUGGCAUAAUUCAUGGACCGAGGGCGGAUGGGACGCCAACUCAUUCGUGUCGCAUUAUCUUGACAUACCGCUUGUACUGGCUGCUUAUGCUGUUUGGAAGUUUGCCAACAAGACAAAGAUAGCGCCGUUGCGGGAGAUACCGGUAGAAGAGGCUCUGGAACAGGCAGAGCUGCACCCAGCGCAGCCCGAACCUCGAAGUAAGGGAUGGGUUAGGAUCCUGAGUUGGAUAUGGGAUUAG